AUGUCUGAUAUCUGCUAUGACAGGUUCAACCGAGCCUAUCGGUGCUACGACAAUGGGAUAGGGUACGGUGCGCGCAUCGGUAUCGGAAUCGGAGUGGCGGCUGCUGUGGUAUUGCUUUUCGCACUGUGUGGUUACUGGCGGCGAAAACAACUCCAGAAGCAAUUCUCAAAGUAUCGCCCCCCGGCGCUUCCCUACGCGCAAAGCGGCAACGCCCCCGCCGCUGGAUACACCUACGGCCAGGGCAACAACCCCUACGCCAACAACCCCCCUCCUCCCGCUACCAACUCGUCCUUCGCGGGCGGGAACCCGUAUGGCUCCAACCCACCUCCUCCGGCUGCGACGUACCAGCCCAGCAUGGCGGGGCAGUACGGUAAAGAGGCGAGGACGGGGACUGAGGCGAACAAUACCAAUACUGGAGAGCACGAGCAUGGGUAUGAGUGGGAGCAGGCGAGGGAGGCGGAGAGGCUCGAGAGGGAGGGUGGAGGGGCAGCGCCCCCUGGGUAUGAUGUCACCACACAGACCCCCGUCGUGACUGGUACUCCGCAGACCAGCAACCACUAUGCUCCUCCCCCGGGCGCACCCCCAACCAAGUAA